AUGGUGGGUUGGGCCGCUAAGGACAAGUCACAGUUCGAAUGGACGGAUGACACGCUUGGUCCGGUUUACGAGGGAAGUGUCGACUCGGACGGUGUGCCGCAGUGUCCUGACGAGUGUUACCGAUACUACGACAAUGUGAACAAUAUAUGGUCGGACACGAGCGCGUGCCAAGGUGAGCCAUUCGAUGUCUCGUUCUGGCUGAAUGACAAGAUCCCUUACGGCUUCGGCUACGAUUGGGGCCAGGAGGUGAGUCUUAACGACACGCUGAGCAAUCUUUACGAUGAGAACAUUAUGUUUAUCGGCCACGAAAUCGGUCACGGCUUCGGUUUGCCAGAUUUUUAUGGUCUGGAGACCAAGCCGUCCAAGGACUUCCCUAACUCCAUCAUGAUGGCGUACAGCUCAACCACAAUCACACCGAGCGACGGCUGGAUGCUGCGUCGCAUCCUUGACCAUGUCCGAUCGCGCUACAAAUUUUGA